CGCCCCGCGGAUGAGUCAGGCCGGGCCGGGCGGGCGGUGGCGGCGGCGCACCUGGCCCCCGGCCCCCGGGCGCACGCGGGAGGCACCAGGAAGUUUCCCGCGCGGCGGCAGCGACAGCAGCCCCCGAUGCACGCCCGCAACCGCCGGCCCUGGAGCGGCGCCGCCAUGCAGCCCGGCGGGCAGGGCAGCCCGGAGCCGGCCCGGGGCAAGCGGCUGAGCGUGGGCGAGCUGCGCUCGCUGUUCGAGGCUCGCUGUGCCGCCGCGGGGGAGCUGCCCGACGCGGCCAAGCGGAGCCGGCGGCCCCGCAACGGGGUGCUGCAGCCCGUCAUCCCGCGCCUCACCGUGACCGUGACCGCCGAGCCGGCCGAGGAGGCGGCGGGCGGCGGCGGCCCGCAGGGGCCGGCGGGGGGCGGCUGGCUGCGCACGGACAGCUCGCCGCACCGCCUGCAGGGCCGCCGCCUCUCCACCUCCUCGCUCUCCUCUACCGGCUCCUCCUCGGUGCUCGAGGACUCCGAGGACGACCUGCUGAGCGACACGGAGGGCAGGAGCCAGGGCAUCGUGCACCUGGAGCACGGCGAGGACACCAACCAGAAAAAAUCAUGGCAGACUAUUAAAACUAUGGUCAACUUGCCAGUCAUCAGCCCCUUCAAGAAGCGCUACUCCUGGGUGCAGCUGGCUGGACACACAGGCAGCUUCAAAGCAGCUGAUAGUGGAACUAUUCUGAAGCGCUUCUCUGAGAAUGAGAAGGAGUGUUUUGAGCGACUGAUGAAAGAUCUCCUGUGCUCCUGUGUCCCUGCCUUCCAUGGCAUGGUGGAGAGAGAUGGCGAGAGCUACAUUCAAUUGGAUGACCUGCUUAAUGAGUUUGAAGGGCCUUGUGUAAUGGACUGUAAAAUGGGGAUCAGGACAUACCUAGAGGAGGAGUUGACUAAAGCUCGUGAAAAGCCAAAGCUCCGUAAGGACAUGUACAAGAAAAUGAUUGAAGUGGACCCUCUCGCACCCACAGCUGAGGAGAACGCACAGCAUGCUGUGACCAAGCCUCGUUACAUGCAGUGGAGGGAGACCAUCAGCUCCAGUGCCAACCUGGGCUUCAGGAUUGAAGGGAUUAAGAGGGCUGAUGGGACUUGUAACACAAACUUCAAAACGACCAAGACACAGGAGCAAGUUUUCCAGGUUUUCAUGGAAUUCAUUGAGGGCAACACAGCAAUUCUGAAAAAAUACCUCAGGCGUCUGCGUGAAAUCCGCACUAUCCUUGAGUCCUCGGACUUCUUUAAACGACAUGAGGUCAUUGGAAGUUCACUACUCUUUGUGCAUGAUAGCAACAGGAAUGCCAAUGUGUGGCUGAUUGAUUUUGGAAAGACCACCCUUCUUCCUGAUGGGCAGACUUUGGACCACAGGAUCCCCUGGCAGGAAGGCAACCGGGAGGAUGGAUACUUGUUGGGAUUGGACAAUUUGAUUGAUAUCUUGGAAAGUAUCACCGAAAGAUGAGAGAACUGGCACAAACUCACAGGGCUGCUUUCUAACCUACCGCUGUACUGGGAUCUGUCAGUUAAAGGGAGCCUCUUAAACUCCCUUCAAACUCCUGGGUUAUUGCAUUGCAGAGGGAGCUGCUUUCAGAACCAGACUAAGUGAUCAAAAUGUCUCUGCACAGCCCUCUGUGAAACAGUGACUUGGGAUUGGUCCUCAGUGCAUCUUACUAACUUCAUAUUGGUCCUCGGCAGUCUCCAAACUCAGGAACCAAACCAGUAUGAGUAAAGGAAGUUUGUAUAGUAGAUCAGAGUGACUCUGGUGUCAAAUCUGCCACAGUGACUAAAUUGCCAUUUAAUGAACCAGCGCAAACGCUAGGCUGCUUUGAGGUGUGGUAAGGGAUAAACAGAAUUCUCCAAUGAAUGGCUGGAUUGUUUCCUCCAAGUCCCAUCUUGCUGUGUAUGCCCAAAUCAGGCAGGUCCAGCCCCAGCUGCUAUAUUACAUUACAGGGGUAUACAAGGUGGGAAGUGAGGUCUAGGAAUCAUUGGGCCAAGUGGUGUGAUGGUUAUUAGCGGUGACUGCAUAAAUAUAUGCACAUGACAGCUGCUGUUAACUUUUAUUUCUGCUCCCUCCUCCUCCUUACCUGCAUUUCUGUCUGAGAACAUCCUGACCCCUUUUUCAGGUCCCUUUGAAAAAAAUUACAAGCACUCAAGUAAGAGCACAGUAUCCCAUUGCCUCUAACAAUGCUUGACUUUUCAACUGGGCAGGAUGUUUCAGAAGCCAAUGAUACAAUGCUGGCUUCUUGUAACUGGAUGGAUAGUAGCAGCUUUUUAGCCAUGGGUUUGGAGGACAAUUAUUUUUCCAAACGAUUUCUGGAGACAAAAUGGGAUCCCUGUAAAUUCUAGUAACCCAGUGCUCAGCAUGUUGCUUUACACCAAAGCUUUGGCUCCUCCCAUAUGUGGGACACAUCUUUUGGGUGUCCCAUUCUUCCUUUUACCACACUGUGCUUCAGUACAUAGACUGCCUGGCAGAGAUCAGGAAAGAAACAUUUCUCCAUAAAUAGCAUUGCACAACUGACGAGAUGGUUUACAGGCAUUCUUUCUCUAAAGCAUUAGGCAUCAGCCAUUUUGGAAAGCAGGAUACAGCAUUAGCUGUACAUUAGCUAACAACUAUUAGCUAGAGAAGAGAUCUAACUGAUCUGUCCUGUCCCCUGAUCUAUGACUGGGGCUCCUAGGUGCUAUCCCCAACACACAUACCUUUAAUAUCCCUGGGCCAGAUCAUAUUCCACUUAACAGGUGUCUAAGUGUGAUCCUAUUCCACCUUGUUUGAAUCCUUGAAAAACUUUUCACGUGCCUAGUUUUUGGAACAUGCCAUCAUCUUAGCCUUAAGACUAAGUCACAAGAAACAGCAAGGAGAAGGUGAGGGCUUAUUCACCUUCUGUGUUAAUCUUUUCCCCCAGACUUGAGCAGGAUGGAAUAGGAUGGCAUUUGGGCAGUAAGUCCACAUAGGUGUUUAAUAAGUAGAAUAGGAUCUGGCCUCCUGUGUUCAGCCCACAUGUAAUUCUAAUUUUAGCCAUCUGGCAGUACAGUUUCCAAGGUGACACUCAGUCACAGAACAAGUCUGUGCUGUUAAGACUUGAUUUAGAGUUUAAAAGUGGCUAAGCAACAUAAAUGGAGUGGAAGUCACUCUUGUCAAUACAGUCCAGAUUGGAAGGGAUUUUGGCAGUUUUGAAAUACCUGAAAGUAGUUGCAUGCUUGAGUAGGAAAUCACUACACCAACAAUCAUUGCAAAAUGGGGCAAAUGAGACCAUUUAUAGCUACGUGUAUGUGUGAUGGUUGGAACCAGGGCUGAGAAGUUUACGAUAACUUUUAAAGGAAGCCACUGAUACACGUACUGGGGAUUGGAGGCUACUUAGUAAGGUCAAAGUUAAUUUCAUUACAAUGAAAAGAGAAUCGGUGUUAAAAAUGCUAUCCUUCUCAGUUAUGAACCAGAAGCUCAGUCUGACAGCAUACUAAGGAACUGUGUUGGGAGCAAUUACAUUUGUCAACAUUUCUCACCAAAUAAUGGCUUAAAAUCUGACUUUCUUUUUAAAUAUUGUAAACUUAAACCUGUUCUCUGUGAAUUAUUCACUUGGACUUUUCACAUAGUUUGUGUUCAGUGAAAAGAACUAUUAUUGAUCUGAAAAAUAUAGGUUUGCUUCAAAAAGGAUUGGAUUUCAAGAAACUCAGACUCUUUUUCAAGCCGAACUGGCCUUUGUUCAGAAACCAGGAAUGCUUUUAUUCCAGAAGUCUCCAAAUUGCGAAGUUCUGUAAGGUAGCAAAUGGGUCCAUAGUGAAUUUUAUGGAAAAAAAAAUUGUGAAAAUGUUUUCCUAUUAUCCUGCAACCCAGAAAUGGACAGUUUUGCUGCCGGUGAGUAAACAGAAUGGGUGAUAGACUAGGAAAUACAAGUAAUUCUCUGCCACUUGCAUCCAAAAGUUCUUAUUGGAAUGAGUUACAGAACAUCCCCUUAAUGUACCUUUGUUUUCAAACAGCCUAACAGGGGCGGGGGGGAGGCAAGUGUAAUAAAACUAGAGAAAUUAGAGAACUUCUUUUAGGUCCCAUGGUUUAUCUCCCUGCAAUUGCAAAACUUUUCCCUAAUGCACAUCUCCUAGUACCCUAUUUCGUCUAAUUUUAAUUGGCACAAGAGUUAAACUUAUUUUCUCUUUUACUAUACAUACCAGCAGGCGGGGUCCGUGCAACCUGUUGCUCUAGGGGAGAAAGAAUUGGCAAUGAAUUUUCUGUGAACAGUUUGAGAAACAGAGAGGUAGGUUGAUCAAGUCCUAGAGUUUGCUAGGUCCACUGUACAUUUGUACACUUCCAACCACCAAGGAAAGGCAACAUGUAAACAAGUGGUCCCAAAAGUGCUGUUAGCCAAAAAAGGUUGUUUGGCAAUGCAAAGCCUCAGAGAAAUAGGAUAAUAUUUCUCCUACUUCUGUUCUGCAUAGGAAGUAAUUCAUGCCUGUGAAUUAGUUGAAGAGGACAACAAAAAGAACAGCAUUACUACAAGAGGCACUGGGCUAUGAAACUAAGUCCAGUUCAAUAUGACAGUUGUAGCAAGGUUGCCCUUUUUGGAUUAUCUCAGGACUUGUGAAGAAGAGUCUGUUUGGAACCUCAGUUCUUGCUGAUAUUGUUUUUCAGACAUGUACAGUUUGCUUAAAGCAUGCCCAGAAACACUUAAGCCCAUCCUUCUUUCUUGUGACAAAGUAUUUAGCAGAAUUUGCAGAUUUGUUGAAAUAUGACAGGGCCAUGCUGUAAGUGCUUCUGCUGUGGCCUUGGACUUGUGACUUCAGGGCUGUCAACCAUGAGCUUUAGCACCUGUGCUGCCCCAGCCCUCACCUGAGUCCUGAUGGUGCUGAACUGUUCAGCAUACAGAUCAUGCUCAAGUCUUGUCACAGUCUGCAAAACAGGCAUUCCUCCAACUCUGUCUCCUGUGGGGCCUGAUCUGGUAGUCAUUCUUCAAGCCUUUGUGCUGCACAGAACACAACCUUGCAGUUUCAAAACCUUACUCAUCUUCCACUUUCAAGGUGAAUGAUGUGGCAACAGAGUAUUUUGGGAUGGGGCUUUCUUAGUUCUUCCUGUUGAAGGCUUUUUGUUUUGUAUGUUUUCAGUGAGACAACUCAGUGAUGAGGACAUUCACCAGGCAAAGGGGAAACCUGAGUUUACUGAAGCAAGGACUGGAAUAAAGUACAUUAUAGUGAUCAUGUUGCUGUCACCAACAUCAGCUCCACCUCCCUCUAUUGCCGCUCUUCAGUAAUGGCUACUUUAGGCCCUUACCUCCAGUUAGGUUCUUUCCUGCAGCCCAGAGUAAGGUGCUUAAAGUCUAGAGAAGAGAAGGGCUUAAAACAUCUCAGCAUUUCCUGUAGUCUCUCACAGCCCAAUGCCCCGAUUGUUGCAAUUAGGUUUUCUGGAUCCUGCUCUAAGGUACUUCAUUCUCCCCAUGCAUUGCAAAAGGAGCCUGGGAACCUGUCAUGGGGCCAUGAAUUCAGCUAAGCAGCAAGAUGCCUGAUAGGUGCUGCAGUGCUCCAUGUUGAAACACCUAUGCUUCUUUAAGAAGCUAUUCCCAGGUCUCCUAGAUUAUUUUCCAUUUUUGCGACUUACUUGUUCUAUGGCCAUGGACAACCUUUCUAUGGCUCAGUUUCCCCAUCUGUAAAAUGGGAACAAUACCUCCCUCACAGGGAUGGUGUGAGGCUUCUUUAAUAAAUGUUUGAGAGAGAGAGGUGGGUGGAAGGUGCAAUACAGAAAGAAAUUAACAAAGAGAUGCUUCAAAUGAAUUUAGAAACAGCAAUUUGUAUUAACCCCUGAAGAAAGCAAGUACAAAUUGAAGUCCCUUUCAAAAUGUGAUAUGGUGGGGAGAAUUUGCUUAGGACCUGAUGCAAUUUCUGUUGAAGUCAAUGGAAAGAAUUAUAUGGGAGUUGGACCAAAUCCUGAAAUAGUUCAGAGGGCCCAUGCUAAUCUUUUUGUAUUAUUACUAUUGCUACUACUGUUGUUUUGUUACCAAGAUGCUGAGAUCAAAUGGCCUGCAUCCUUCCCUGUGCAUCGUUUUUAACACUACAAUGCAAUGGCAACCAUGGUCAUUUUUGACGUUUUGACUGUAUUGGUUGAACAUUUGUUUUUCUGAGGUAUGCUACCAAAUAAAUGAGAUUGGAAAAAAAAAUACAUGCUA